UGUAGUUAAUAAUUAUCCUAACAUUAUGAAAACACAAUUUCAACAUAACAAGAAUAUAUAAAGUCGCAUCCUGACGGGAAAACAGUCACAAUACAACAGAAUGAAGAUCUCUGUGAGUUUUACGCUGUGGCUGCUGCUCGGCUCCGUCUACGCAAGUGAAGGUGUUGAAAUCAAGCCGGCUUCUCCUCCAGACAUCAACGCUGCGCUAAGAGAGAUCACCGCCUCGUUGGCUCAACUGAAGGCGGACAUGAUGCUGCUGCAAAGAGAGACUACAGUCCGACAGGUUGCAUUCUCAGCCUCUCUGGUGGCUGGAGUUGAACCAGGCGAAUCAGUAACUACUGGACCCUUUCCCUCGUUCACUACCCUGAUCUUCAAACACGUCCCCACUAACAUCGGAAAUGCCUACAACUCAACCACAGGUGUGUUCACUGCCCCGGUGAGAGGAGCGUACCACUUUGAGUGGUGGGUCGCUGCAUUUGGAGACAACGGCGCCCACGCUUCAGGUGCUGCAUUGGUCAAGAACUCAGAGAAUAUUUUCACGGCAUGGGAGCAACGGAAGGAAUAUUUAGGGACUGCUUCAAAUGGCGUUACGCUGUUGCUGGAGGUGGGAGACGUUGUGUCUGUGAGUCUGUGGGCUGACACUGUGGCGUUUGACAACGCAAAUCACCACACCACCUUCAGUGGGCAUCUGCUGUUCCCCAUGUAAGACAGAAACAGCAGCUCUGUGAUAGUCACACAGGUUGCUGUUGUCUUAAACAAGUCAACUUUUAAAGUGAUUAAUGAUCUGAUUCUCUCUUGUUUCUGUCAUUUUAAUCAAAUAAACAUAUAUCAUUGCAAUUACA